CUAACUGUUAUAUCUCAUUGGGAGAUAUGGUUUUGGGGGGGUGGGAAGGUGUAAGAGGGGGUAGGAGGGUGGAGGGACUGAUGAAGGGUUGGCGAUGGGCCACACACACCAAACGACGACUAACGGCGAAGUUUGUGAGAUCUCGUGAAGUUGACUUUCAGAUUUUAAUCCAACUAACCGAGUGGUCAAAAGGAUAAGGAAGUAAUCUGAAAACCCAUGGUUGGGCUUGAAGAUGAAGAAGAGCAUGGUCACAUUGCCAUUCUCAAUUUCCGUCGUGCUUUCCACGGCAGCGUGUUUGAGAAAUAUCACGUACUUCCUCUCCAACUGGCUGGCCUCGAUGUCUCUGGGGCCGUGACUAAGCAUCCGGUUUUUGAGAAGAUAGGCCAAUUCUUGCUGCGAGCAGGAAAUGUCAAUCUCCUGAUGAGGGAUCGUGAAACCUUCAGCAGCGAGUUUGUUAAUUUUUGCAAUGCAACGGAAGAAGAUACUGCACUUGUUUCAGAUUGCCGUGAUGCUGUGGACGUGGCGAGUGACUACAUCAUUGCAUUCGGCAAGUUCGAGGAGGGAGAGGAUGCCUUCCGUGACCGUCUCGCACAGACCACGGGUUAUCAGUUGGGUUGUUAUCGUUGUUUUGGUGCUCAGACGGGUUAUCAGUUGGGCUGCUAUCAUUGCUUCGAUACUUCCGAUGUCGCCCGAUUGGUUGGUCUGUGCAUGGUGAAGUUUGCACUCUCCAAUUCCAUGCGGCUGUUGAGGCGAUUGUUCCGGCGGUCAGGGAUGGAUGUCACCCAUGAGUGUGAUGAGACCCUUGCAAGGAAACUGUUUCAAGUCUGCAGAACAAGUGCUCCUCACAACGACUAUUCGGCGAGCAUGACCCAUGCUCAGCUGAUUGAUUUUGAUCUUGUGGGAGUCGAUGGGCGGCACUUCCCACUACGAAUGAUCCUGACCGGUCGUAGUUUCCAGUUGGAUGCUUGGUACGCUGAGGUCAGCGAUCGUCAGACUGGCUCCCUGAUCGCCAGAGCUGUAGGUGAGAACGCUCACAGGACGCCGGAUGAUCGAGAUGACCAGACAAGGCUGGAAAUUGUGGAUGCGAAUGUCAUCGAAGAACGGUACAAGCCACACGGCGAUGUUCCUACAAUGCUUCCAAGAGUCACAACGUCAAGCUAUUAUGGUUUUCGUCGCUGUUAUAAGCAUCGGGAGCUCGACGAGGAUGAGCAUGUGCGUUUGUACUUCGAGGAAUGUCGUUCUGAGGGCAUUAUCUUCUCCAACAUAGGAAAUGAAGAGAUGAAAUCCUUGUAUCAUCUCCGCGAAGUGCAAGGAAGAUGAGCAAUAGCGAACUCCAGAACGCAAACAGCAUCAUACAUAAGAUACCAGAUAGCCAUGACCUCGAACCAUAAGCAGAAUGGCAUCACGAGUUUCACCCAAUA